AUGGGUAGGCUUCCUCGUGAGCGAGAUUCGGCACUGCAUAAGCGUCUUAUCACCGCCUGGAACGAGUCGAAGCGCACACGUCAAAAAUACUGGAAUGAUAGGCAGAGGAAGGAGGAGCAUGAUGCGAAACUCAACGUAGUCCAAGCUCUCUUGUUGGCUCGGACGCAUGGAGGCAUGGCCCCCGUUCCACCAUCUCUCUCAAUCGACCUCAGUGUCGAGCCCAAACUCCGUCGACAGUGGUUUCCAGCACCGCAACCGUCGAUGGAACCCAUCCAUGCGCAGCUGUUCCAACAUACUGUCGAGUCAAUGGAAGAGUAUAUGGCGCAAGUCUGCAAAGUUCCACCGGAGCAGGCUGUAAUAGAAGACAAGGCUAUCGAGAUUCUUAUCCUGUUUUCUGGUGGCCUCCCGCUCAUGAGGGACAUGCAAUCGCUGGAGUAUGGUGAUGUCAGUGACACGGGACAUAAGGUUGACUGUGUCUUCAUGUACGAGGACAUCGAGCUAUCUAGCAUUGAAUUCAAGAACGAGGAUUCAAGCGAACGGGAUCUCGCAGUCCAGAAUCGCAAGAACGGGAGACAUGCCUGUUGUCUACAAGAAGCAUACGCCGCCAUCGGCGUCAAAGACAUAUCAGUGUUUAUGGCUGACGUUUAUGCGUCUAACCGCUACAUAUUUACUGCACAAUCCGAGAUCUCUUGCAUUCGUAAAACUGUUGACAAAUCGCCGAAUACAUUCUACGGUAAGUUCAAACUGAACAACAAGGGAGAGGCGCACAGUAAAUACAUGCGGCUGAUCCGGGACAGCGAAUUGCAACAGGAUGUCAAAACGACCUCUUGGGAAAAUUCGAGACGUGGAAGAGUGAUGAUGGGGAUGGGCAGCAGUUCUGGCUCGACCGCCAAACUCAAUCUUCGGCAAUCAGAACUGCGGCACAUUUGA